AUGUUUCAACCCACUCGCUCAUCUCAAAGCCCUCUCUCAGCACCGGCUGAGAUCCUCGCUCCGUCAACUCCACUCCGCCGCGCUACUUUGUCUCCAUCGCCAGAUCUGAGUGUCGCAGUCAAAGAUCGCUCCAACAAGAAGCUCCACUCACCACAGCCUCUCUCUUCGUCCGACAUGACACCACCGCCCUCCACCCAGAUCCCUGGAGCGCCUCUUCUUCGAUCCCACUCUCGCUCUAUCAGUCCAUCUUUGACUACCUCAGCUGACCUGGACAAGUCUCUUUGUGAUGCUUAUGGGGCGUCCGAGAAUCUCCCAAGCAUUGAAGACAUCGACAAGGCAGAUGAGACCCAGCUUCGUACGAUCGCCAAGGAUCUACUCACAGUAGCCCAAGAAGCUCGUAUGUCUGCCUUGCACUUCAAAUUGCAAAAUAGCUUGGUUUCGUUCGCCAGUAAUGAGGCGGUUAAGCGCGCAGAGGUGGAGCACCAGCUGGCCAAGCGCGAAGUCGAGAUUCUCCAGAGCGCCGAGUACCGUCGAACGCGCCCCACCGAGCCCUUGACUCCCAAGCAAUCCAUCUCCAGCAAUGACUACCUGACUGCGAUGCAGCGCUCUCACGAACUCGAGGAAAUUAACGCUGUUCUGGAUCGCCGGCUGCGACGAGCUAAGCGAGCCAUCGACGACGCAACUGCCCAGUCUGCUGAGUUGACCGAGCAGAACAAUAUGUUGAAGAAGCGCAUUGAAGACAACCGUCGUCACUUCUCGCAGAUUUACAAUUAUGGGUCCAUGUCACCUGGCAUGCAAAACGAGCUUCACACCAUCUGCCGAGGCGACCACACCGAUGGUCUUGCCGCCCUACUUUUCGCGGACAAAUUCACCAACCGUCUCCAUGAACCACAGGGCUCUUACGGCAGUCAAACCUCGGUUCCCGUUACCCCCAAUCGCUCAAUUCGCCAGGGGCAGCAGCAUUUCACCCCAGGUCAGGUUUCGCGUGGCAACCAAUAUGAUAGUGACAGCACUGUCUCGCUAUCAGCCGCGGAGUCCGAGGACGAAGCUCUGCAGGCCCGGUAUCAAGAUAUGCGACACACUGCGCCCAAGACCAGCACUCUGCUCCAAACCAAGUUGUUUGGUCAGGUGAAGAAAGCUGGCGUGGAACGCAAUUCCUUCAAAAAGCGCAAGGCCAGCUCCGAAGAUAGCAGUGUGAGCAUGAAGAAAUCCAGAACUAGUGGCGGAGUGGGCCUGGGUAUUAACACCUAA